ACGACACAUAAUUAUCUAUGGCCUUAUAUAUGACCGUCUAUGACAAGUUUAUGAUGUGUAUCCAUAUUUGUAUCUGAGUAAUUUUAUCAGUGUUGGUGUAAUUUAGUUUAUUGAGAAAACUAAUUAAUAAUUAAACUUUGAAACAAAAAUAUCUGCUUAGUUGAAGGAUAUGGCGACGACAAAAUUUUCUAUUCUAAUCCGAUGCUUAAACACUUCAAGUAUAACCACUCAAAUGGUAAAACCACCAAUUCAAGUAUUCGGAACAGAGGGUCGGUAUGCGACAGCUCUAUACUCUGCAGCAACUAAAGAAAAUAAGUUAGAUAGUGUAGAAAAGGAACUGGUUAUGUUUCAGACGACAAUUCAGAAAGAUGAGAAAUUAAGAGAAUUUGUUCUUAAUCCAACUAUUAAGCGUCAAACAAAGUCAGAAGCUAUUAAAGCUAUUGCCUCAAAAUUAUCUCUCUCAUCACAAUCAUCAAAUCUUUUGCAGCUGCUGGCUGAGAAUGGUCGUCUUAAGAACUUUGAUGCCAUCAUUAAUUCUUUUAAAGUUAUUAUGGCAGCUCACAGGGGAGAGGUAACAUGUGAAGUUAUCACAGCAAGGGAAUUAGAUGCCAGUCAAAAACAGCAGUUGGAACAAGUGUUAAAGUCCUUUUUAAAACAGAAAGAAUCAUUAGUGCUGUCCACUAAAGUGGAUCAAUCCAUCGUAGGGGGUAUGAUUGUCAGUAUAGGUGAUAAGUAUGUUGAUAUGAGUGUUGCUAGCAAAAUCAAGAAAUACACUGAUAUAAUCAAAGCUGCUGUUUAAGAAUGAAAAGCAUUUUUGUUGACCUAUUAUUAGAAAAAAUUGUGUAGAAAUAGAAUUAAAAUAAUUACUACCCUUAUUAUUUAAAUGCAAUUGUAUGUAAAGAGGCCUGGCCUCUAAACAGUAUACAGAAUGAA